GGUCAGCAGCGGCCAAAGCGCUGCCAAGGCUGGAUUUGCGGAAAGCGUGCCUUCCCCGCGGGUGACCUGCAUGAACACUCCAUGCGCCACAUUCCCUACGACACCGGUCAAUACAUCGCCGGGAGACACAUCUAAUGGGACUCAUUACUAAGGCCAAAGGCGCGCCACGUGCUUCUGACAGCUCCAGUGGAGGCGUCAAGUACAUCUGCAAUGUCUGUAGUAACGAUAUUACGUCUACCGUACGGAUACGAUGCGCUUCCAAGGUGUGCCCGGACUACGACCUCUGCGUGCCUUGCUUCUCACAAGGCGCGCAUAAUCUACGACAUGAUCCACAGACACAUCCAUUCACGGUCGUAGAGCCACACAGUGUUCCUAUCUUCGACGAAGGGUGGGGCGCGGAUGAGGAGUUGCUUCUGCUAGAAGGCGCGGAGUCAUACGGACUGGGGAGCUGGGCGGAUAUUGCGGACCACAUUGGAGGCUAUAGAGAGAAAGAUGAAGUCAAGGAACACUACAUACAGACGUACAUCGACUCCUCAAAGUUCCCACUGCCGGAGAGGGCGAGCCCGAAUGACAACUCGCUUUGCGAUGCGGUACCGCGAGAGGAGUUUCAAGCGCGUAAGAAGCGGCGGAUAGAAGAGCGUAAGGAUGCUAUUGCAACCUCGUCAGCGACUGUGCCUACUCCAGCAAAGCCGAUAUCCUCUGUGCCCAGCAACCAUGAAGUGGCCGGAUUCAUGCCUGGACGCUUGGAGUUCGAGAAUGAAUACUUCAAUGAGGCUGAAGAGGCAGUGCAGCAUAUGGAGUUCUCAGCCGAUGAGGGCAUCAACCCGCAGACGGGGGAGUUUGAGCCGGAGACACAGCUCAAGAUGGUCGUCAUGAACAUCUACAAUGACCGGUUAACCAUGCGCACAGAUCGCAAGCGCGUCAUCUUCAAUCACAAGUUGCUUGACUACCGCACAAAUAUGGCAAUAGACAAGAAGCGCACGAAAGAGCAAAGAGAGCAGUACCACAAGCUCAAGCCGUUCGCGCGAAUAAUGUCGCAUCCGGACUUUGUCCAGCUUGCGGAAGACCUGGAGAAGGAGCAGAACCUUCGCCAAGCCAUCGCGCAGCUGCAAGAAUGGCGACGUAUGAAGGUCUGCACUCUAAACGCGGGCGAGAAGUAUGAAGGCGAGAAGGCUUCACGUCAAACGCGCAACACUCAGAACCUAGGCGGCCAAUUUGAUCGAAUGACGAACGGUCUCAGCCGCAUCGGCAAACCAGCACCACCGCCAGAGAUUGCACCCGCCGUCACGGAGUAUACCACGAAAGACUUGCCCAUCCGCCUUACGCCACCUACUCAGGCUAAUGGCCUUCAAACACCGCCCGCCUCCGAAGCUUCACCUAAAAGAGCACCACUACAAGCGAUACCAGGCUUGACACCUGCGAAGUUCGACGAGGAGAACGCCGCGUCACUCCAGCUUACAGAUCCUGCUAUCCGGGAUCUAUGCAGCAAGCUGCGCCUGCAUCCGAAGGCUUUUUACACCAUAUUAAUAACCAUCAUUCACCAGGGAUCCCAUGCCGAAGGCAAGCUUAAGAAGAAGCAGGUCAGGGAGCUUUCUAAGAUUGAUACCACCAAGGGUGGUAGAUAUUUUGAGUUCCUCGUUGACAGCGGAUGGCUGGGUAAUGCUGCGAAGCCGUGAGAACGAGAGCAAGGAGCAUGAUUACGUUAUGUUGAGUUGUGCGGUACGGUACUAGUGUUGGCCGUAGUCUCUCACCUAGUGCUCUAAUUCGCCAUGUAUGAGUUUUGUUGGACAGCAAGACACCCCACA